GUUAACUCACUAGAGGAGUUCCUCUUCUAUUCUCUCUUUGUUUUUCUUGUUUAUCUGGAGUUGUUGGGUGCAUUUUCCAAUGCGAAUUCUUCCUCUGUGCCGAGGAGCGCUUCUGUGCUUCUCGUUGUCUCUGGCUUUGGCGGUGAGCUUUGCCUAUGCUGAUGACAAGACAGUCGAGGUUGUCGGGAUCGGAGAAUGCGCAGACUGCGCUGAGAACAACUUCGAAACAAAGCAAGCCUUUUCAGGCCUUCGUGUAACCAUAGACUGCAAGGCAGCAGAUGGGCACUUCAAAACACAAGGAUCGGGCGAGCUCGACGAGGAAGGGAAAUUCAAAGUGUCCCUCCCAAAGGACAUCCUUAAAAAGGAAGGAGAGCUGAAGGAGGACUGCUAUGCACAACUCCACAGCCCAUCCUCCACUCCAUGCCCUUCCCAUGAUGGACUAGAGUCCUCCAAGAUAGUGUCCCAAUCCAAAACCAAUGAGAAACACACAUUUGGGCUCUCUGGCAAGCUCAAGUUCUCACCAAUCACAUGUGCUUCGGAAUUCUUCUGGCACCACCACUUCCACAAGCACCCAUUCUUCCAUGCCCCGCCGAAGGUGGAGCUUCCGCCGCCUGCCCCAAAGAAGGAGCUUCCACCACCAGUGCCAGCCCCCAAGAAAGAGAUUCCUCCGCCAAAGAAGGAAGAACCAUCCCCUCCAAAGGAAGAAAAGCCUAAGCCCAAACCUAAGCCUAAGCCUAAGCCUAAGCCAAAGGAGGUAUGCCCUCCCAAGAAGGAAAAGCCUGAGCUCCCACCACCAGUUCCUGUUUACAAGAAGCCUCUCCCGCCCCCGGUUCCUGUCUACAAGAAGCCUCUCCCGCCACCGGUCCCUACUUACAAGCCUAAACACCCUUUCUUCAAACACCCUAUCUACAAACACCUCCCACCAUCCCCAAAGUUUCCACCUCACCACCCUCUCUUCCCCAAGAUCCACCACAAGUAUUUUAACCACCCCAAGAUCGGAUACUCACCUUCUGUGCCAUCUUAUGAUCCUCUCCACCCUUAAAUUAGCUAGGCUCUAGCAAGUGCCAUAAGUAUAUGCUCUUUCCUUAAAGUACAUGGUAUAAUGUCGUUUUUCUGUGAUGAAAGUUGGCGUGGGAAUAAUUUCUGUUAGUAGGAAUAAAGCCUUCAAAGAAUAUCCGGAAGUAAGCACAUUGGUGAACAUAUUUGUGUGUGAAAGAGAGAGAGAGAGAGAGAGAGAGAGAGAUCGGAUAAGGGGAGAAGUGAAUUGUUGUGUCCGUUUUAUUUGUUAAUUAUUGAGUUGGUCUGUGUGGGAUUGUUCUUGUGUAUGUGGUCAUAUUGGUUAUAUGUAUGUCAAGCUCAAAUGCAUAUGACCUUUGUAAUUUGAUGUAAUUUUCACCUCAUUCAUGCAAUAUAUAUGAACCCUUUUUUAA